GCCGCGGGGCGGGCGGGGGGCGGCGGUGCCAUGGCGCAGCGCGGCGGGGAGCGCGAGCGGGAACUGCAGUGGUCGGCGAGGAGGAUGGGGACCUCGCUGCUGUUGCAGCUGUCGGCACACGAGCGGGAGCUCGACCUGGUGUGUCUGGACCACAGCUACGCCAAGCCUUGGAGCGCCCACCCGGACGCCAGCGCCGCCCGCCCCGCCCGAAUGCUGUUCCUCACCCCGCGGCGGCAGCCCGGCACCGCCCUUGAAGCAGAUGUCCCCAUCGAUGUGGAGUCGGUGACACCCACGCCAGUGCCGCUCUAUGACAACCAGAAGGCACGCAGUGUGAUGAACGAGUGUGAGAGGCACGUCAUGUUUGCUCGCACGGAUGCAGAUGCCCCUCCACCCCCAGAUGACUGGGAGGAACAUGUGAACAGGACGGGCUGGACGAUGGCCCAGAACAAACUAUUUAACAAGAUUCACAAAGCACUGCAGUCUGACAGGCUGGCUCGUUUGGCCAACGAAGGGGCUUGCAAUGAACCAGUUCUAAGGAGGAUAGCAGUGGACAAAUGUGCUCGGAGAGUCCGCCAAGCACUGGCUAGUGUGAACUGGGACACCAAACUGAUCCAGUGGCUUCACACGACCUUAGUGGAAACCCUCAGUUUGCCUGUGCUGGCUGCUUACCUGGAUGCUCUGCAAACACUUAAAGGAAAGAUCCCCACUCUGAUCGACAGGAUGCUGCUCUCCUCCACCACCAAGACGGGAGCAGCAGGCGCUGAGGCUCUGUCUCUGCUGCUGAAGAGACCUUGGGACCCUGCAGUGGGGGUCUUGUCCCAUAAUAAACCAAGCAAAUUGCCUGGUUCCCCUCUCAUCCUGAUUGCUUCCUCUGGACCCUCCAACUCCAUGUUCCCCACUUCUCGACGGCACCGAUUCUGGCAGUCGCAGCUUUCCUGCUUGGGAAAGGUCAUCCCCAUUGCCACCCACCUGCUGAACAACGGCAGCGGGGUGGGGGUGUUGCAGUGCCUGGAACACAUGAUUGGGGCAGUGAGAAGCAAAGUGGCAGAGAUUCACAACCACUUCUCUCACAAGCCCAUCAUCCUGAUUGGGUGGAACACGGGUGCCUUGGUGGCCUGUCAUGUUUCAGUGAUGGAGUACGUCACUGCAGUUGUGUGCCUUGGAUUCCCUCUUCUAACAGUUGAUGGCCCCCGAGGGGAUGUUGACGACCCCCUCCUGGAGAUGAAGACCCCUGUGCUCUUUGUCAUUGGUCAGAACUCCCUGCAGUGCAACAUUGAAGCAAUGGAAGAUUUCCGGGAGAAGAUCCGAGCUGAUAACAGCAUGGUGGUGGUGGGGGGAGCAGAUGACAAUCUCAGGAUAAGUAAAGCCAAAAAGAAGUCAGAAGGCCUGACCCAGAGCAUGGUGGACAGGUGCAUCCAGGAUGAGAUAGCUGACUUCCUGACUGGCAUCCUCACUCGAGCAGAGAGCCACUUGGGCUCUGAUCCCCGUGACCUGGAUGCUGAGAAGAAGAAGAAGCCACGGGAUUCGACCAGGAGGGAUCUGUCAUUUGAUUUGCCAGAAAGAACCAGCAGGCCUGCCUCACCAGCAUCCAGAGUGCCUGCCUCGCCCUCAGGCUCUGAGGACCUAUCCAGUGUCUCCAGCAGCCCCACUUCAAGCCCCAAGACUAAAAUGGCUGCUGUGUCCUCCAUCCAGAAGCCCACCCCCAUCAGCACCGCACAGCUGCUCAAGAGGCAGGUGCAGAGGACAGACACAAUCCUGACACACAAGCAGGCCCAAGCUCAGUUUGCUGCUUUUCUGAAACAAAACAUGCUGGUGAGGAAAGCUCUUCCUCCUGGCACCUCUUCAUGUCUCUUUGUUCCAGUCUCCUCAGAGCACUCAGAAGGGGCUGAGAAAGAUGAUGUGCGCGUGCAGCUGAAGAGGCAUCAGACCCCCAGCCCGACCCAGUGCAGCAAAACUUCCAAACGAGCCAAAAUCAAGGUGACCAUUGUCUCUCACGGAGAUGCUGCUGGCGUGGGGAACGGAGCACCCCUCAGUACCCAGGCAGAAAUUGUCGCAGGAAAGCCGUUCCCCAUGGCAGUCAGCCAGUCUGUGUCGGGUGGGAAGGAGCCCUUCGGACUGCUCGCCACCUCCAAGCUGGGCUCAGCAGCAGAAAGCUCAGUGAGUCCUGCUUCAUCUGCCACCAUCCCCAGCAGCACGACGCCCAGUGCUUUCCAUGCCCUGCAGAGCAGGCUGGUGGCCAGCAGCACCCACUGCAUGCAGGCCCAGCCAGCCAGUGCCCUCCAAGGAGCAGCUUCUGCUAGCAGCCUGCUGCAAGGGCUGAGCUUCAGCCUGCAAGACAUUGGGACAAAGUCAUCUGCCCUUCCUGCCAGCGUGGCUGCAGCUGGGACACCAGUGCAAACCUCAGCUGUGAAGACAUCCACACCCAUCCAGAACCUGAGUGCCAUCACCACAGGCACUGGCACCAUAGUCCGCACCAUCCCAGUUGCCACCUCUUUAUCGGUGGGAGCUGCAGCGAGUGGGAAGCCCACAGCCAUUCACCAGCUGCUGACGAAUGGAGGACUGGCAAAGCUGGCCAGCAGCCUCCCUGGCUUGGCUCAGAUCUCCAACCAGGCAGCAGGCCUGAAGGCCCCCACGACCAUUACUGUGACACUGCGUGGGCAGCCCAGCCGUGUGACAACGCUUAGCCAGGCUGCAAUGGGGACUGUGCAGCCCCAGGUGGAGGAGCAGCCGAUGCAGACACAGGCACCACAGGCUCCGGACGGUGCAGUUGGGAACUUGGCCGCCCCAGCUUCCAGCGCCGCCUCUCCUGGCAAUCUGCUGUCUCAGAUGGAUCUCAGCAAAGCCCAGGCUGGUGCAGAGAUGGCUCCCACCGACCCCGCAGCAGCACCCCUAGUGACCACGACCAGCCCCAUGAAGACCCUGUACGUCAUGUCAGACGCCAGGCUGUCUGCGCUGACCAAGUCUGUGAUGGAUGAGGCUACCUCAGUCCCCCUCAAACUGCCGGGCAUCCAACCUUCCUCCUCCUCCACCAGCUCUCCUGUUGGCCCCGUCACCUUCGCCACCUCCCCACUGGCUGGUGCUCCCAGUCCUCCCAGCAGCCUGGUGCACUCCAAAGUGGGACCCAUCCUGCAGACUGCUUCCAAAACAGUCAUUCUCACCUCAACGCUGGCCACCAUGAAGGCUGACGGGUCCCUUGGACACAUUGGGGACAAGGUCAGUCUGACCAGGAGCACCUCAGCCCUCAGCCACACUCUGGGAGUGAUGGAGACCCUGGGGAGAGUCCCCUCUGUGGUGGAUGAUGGAAGCACCCUCCUCCAUGCCAGAGAGACCCUGGCAAACAGACACUUGCUGCCCCAAAGCGUGUUGCCAGGAGGGGCUGGUGCUGCACUCCUGACACUGAGCAGCUCCUCUGUUAUCACCACAGCAGGGCCUGUGCUCAGCCAGAAGCCAUAGGGACCUGGGGGACCCUCAGCGUGGCUGUAGGGUGGGAGGGGUGGCGGGGGGGCAGCCCUGUGCUGAUGGGGCUGAUUUGGGCUCUAGCAAACUUUCUGGUUUUGUUGUUGUUU